GUUCUCUAGCAAGUUCCGUUAUUCACCGUGACUGUGCAAAUAUUUGCCAACUUUUCUACGUGCUCUAAACUAUCAAGUUGCUGUUAUUUGGUGACUUCAACGAUUGAUACAAAAGAAGCCAAGUGCAUGUAAAAUUCAAGUUGACAUUUAGUGUGAAAAGUUUUACGAAAUAAAGAUGAACAACGAAUGGAGUAUUUUGCACCAAGUACCAAAGUUAUUGGAAGAAGAGCAUUUUUUCCAAAUUACAAAUGGUGAACCAGUUGUAAAGUUUGAACAUCCACAGGAAUUGAAGGAUUUAAUUGAUUUUACCAUUGACAAUACCGAGCCACGCGACCACAUUGCUAUCGAGAAGCUAAUCAAAAAAGUAUUGCACUACUCAGUCAAGACAGGUCAUAGUAGCUUCCACAAUCAGCUAUUCGCUGGCGUUGAUCCGUAUGGUCUAGUUGGUAGUUGGAUCACAGAGGCGCUCAAUACAAGCCAAUAUACGUUUGAGGUCGGUCCCGUAUUUACAUUGAUUGAGGAUGCCCUGAUUGAAAAGUGCCUGCGAUUGUUCGGCUUCACCAGCGGCGAUGGACUGCUUUCUCCGGGAGGAUCCAUUUCCAACAUGUACGCCAUGGUUGCUGCAAGAUACAGAGUACUGCCUAACAUUAAGCGUACCGGACUUGCCAAUCAGCCAGUACUGGUUGCCUUUACCUCCGAGGAUGCUCAUUACAGCAUCAAGAAAGCUGUCCACUGGUUGGGCAUCGGAAUGGACAACCUUGUUCUAGUAGCGACAGAUUCUCGUGGAAGAAUGCUUCCUGAAAAGUUAGAGGAGGCUAUUGAAUCGGUACUUCAAUCAGGACGCAAACCAUUUUUCGUAAAUACCACGGCUGGAACGACAGUUCUUGGCGGGUUUGAUCCAUUCCAUGCAAUAGCCGACAUCUGCAAUAAAUAUAAACUUUGGAUGCACGUCGAUUCCUGUCUGGGCGGAACAGCAAUCCUGUCACAAAAGCAUGCCCACUUACUAGAUGGAACUGAGCGGGCUGACUCUAUAGCGUGGAAUCCACAUAAAACUCUUGGAGCACCGCUGCAAUGUUCAGUCUUUUUGCUGAAAUACAAAGGCUUAUUGCAUGAGUGUAAUUCCGCUAAUGCGGACUAUCUCUUUCAGCAAGAUAAAUUUUAUGAUGUAUCAUAUGAUACCGGCGAUAAAAGUGUACAGUGUGGUAGAAAGGUAGAUGCUUUCAAAAUAUGGCUCAUGUUCAAAGCACGUGGUACAGCAGGAUUAGCUGAAUUGGUUGAUAAUGCUUUCGAUUGUGCCAGCUACUUUGCGGAAGAGGCGAAGAAGCGACCAGGAUUCCGUUUGGUUACAGAUAAGCACCAGUAUACCAACAUCACCUUCUGGUAUAUACCUAAGAAAAUGCGAGUCGUCGAAAGUUUAGAGGACAAAACUUGGUGGGCAAAAGUUUAUAAGAUUACUGCCCUCAUCAAGGAGAAAAUGGUCAAACGUGGUUCAGUAUUAAUAGGCUACGUCCCACUGCCUAGUAAGAAAAUUGGUAACUUUUUCCGCAUGGUCGUUACAUGUCAUCCCAAACCAACCUACGAAUCCAUGCAGUAUGUUCUUGAUGAAAUUGCUCGUGUUGGAGAAAUGAUCUAAAUAAAUUAAAAUAAAAGGUAUAAAAUAUUCUUCCAAUUAGUAUCUAAAAAUAUUUUUAUACUGGAAGCUUGACAAGCUUUAUCGAUAUCAUUUUACGGAUAGGCUUUGCUGUAGCCCUUAUCAUGAACAUUAUUUACAGAGUAACUUUUACGUCGUUACAUUUAACAAACGUUCUUCUAUUAUCACGCAAACAAAUGAAUGUGAAGCGUGCUUUUUAAAUAACUAACCAGACGUUGAAAUUUGCAUUUGAGAAGCAAAACACUUUUCUUUAGCUUUUAAGUUGCUUAUACUACUUUAUUAAAAGUUAAGGUCUAUCUGUAUCCAUAUUUGUAAUUUAGCAAGAAAGUUUCACGGAACUCAACAUGAAUCUGAUAUGAACUUCAGUGUUUGCAUCUUAAGAUAAUCUAAACUAGAUUCGCUUUCAUCAGGAAUUGACUAUAAUAAUAUCCCAUCUGUUUCUCUGUCGACAACCAGCACCAACGAUAGUACAGAUAACAAUAUCUGUAUUAAUCAAUUUUGGUGUUUGAGAAAGAUUUUAUAAAUACGGAAAAAUAAAACUGACCAUUUGCAGAAU